UCGGCCUCGGCUCGGGUGUUCGGGUCCGUUCGGCCCGGCCCGUCCCGUCCCGGGCGAUGUGGUGGGUGUCGGCGGUCCCUUCGGGCGGCCCCGACGACGACGACGUGUUCGACCAGGAGGCGGACGAGACGCUGCCGUCCCGGCGGGACUGGCGCAGGCGAAUGCACCACCGCCUCAAGGAAGGUUACAGAGAGGGAGUGGACGCAGGUAAAGCCUCUGCGCUUCAGGAAGGCUUCCGUCAAGGUUACAAGGAGGCGGCCGAGAAAGUUCUGGUGUACGGACAGCUCAGGGGAACAUUGAGCGCCUUGGUCUCCUGGUGUCGCAUUCAAGAUAACGGCUCAGCAGCCAUCGGGACACUCAACAGCCUCUUGGACGCGCUCGGCCAGUGCGAAGACUCGGCGCUCAGGUGUUUGACUUCUGUCACUUCCGAGGUUCACGUUGUGGAGAUCUUGGAUUCUAUCCAGGGUAUGGACCUUUGUGCCGCAGCUCCAACCCAGAAAAGGGAGGAUGAAAUUGAAGAGGGAAGCUCUGCGGAGAACAGUGCCGAGCUGGAGAAAAAAUGUAGCAGAAUUGAUGGGGGAACGGACGGUUCACUCUCUACAGGUCCUAGAACACGGGAGCACAUACGUUCCACGCAGGAGACUUUCACCUGGAUUGUACACGAAACCUCCACUUUAAUGGAGCAGCUCGGUAUACCGUUGGACAUAUUAGAGCACAUCAAGAAAUCGACAAACUAAGUUCGCUUUUCCAACAAAAAUACGAUAAAAUUAUUUUGCGGGCGCG